CGGGCGGCGGGCGGGCGCGGAGCGGGGAGCGGCGCGCGCGCGGCGGCGGCUGUCGCUGAGGCUCGGCGUCCCUUACACCCCCGUGAGCCUGGGGAACCUGCAGCUGAAAGCCGCCGCCAGCCACAGCACCAUGUACCCCGGCAACAAGCGGAAAAAGCUCUGGCGGGAGGAGAAAGAACGUUUGCUGAAGAUGACCUUGGAAGAAAGACGCAAAGAGUAUUUAAGGGGAUACGUUGCACUGAAAGAUAUUCCAAUGUGGAUGGAAGAAAUGAGAAGCAAGAAUGAAAGUGAUGGUGAGAAUGCUAAAGAAGAUGUGCAGGGGAAGAGAAGUCUGAGUGAGAAAGUGUCUCUGUACAGAGGUGACAUCACGCUGCUCGAGGUUGAUGCCAUCGUUAAUGCAGCUAAUUCCAGCCUUCUUGGAGGUGGAGGAGUGGACGGCUGUAUACACAGAGCUGCUGGGCCCUGCUUACUUGCUGAAUGCCGCAACCUGAGUGGCUGUGAGACUGGACAAGCAAAAAUUACGUGUGGAUAUGACCUACCAGCAAAAUAUGUGAUCCAUACAGUUGGGCCGAUAGCAAGAGGGCACAUCACUGAUACUCAUAAAGAAAACUUGGCAAGUUGCUAUAAAUCCUCUCUGAAACUGGCAAAAGAAAACAGCAUCAGAUCACUUGCAUUCCCCUGCAUUUCGACAGGAAUUUAUGGUUUUCCAAAUGAGCCUGCUGCUGAUAUUGCCCUUACGACUACUAAGGAAUGGUUAAGCAAGAAUCACAAUGAGGUGGAUCGUAUCAUCUUCUGCGUCUUUUUGGAGGUUGACUACAAAAUUUUCAAGAAGAAAAUGGGCGAGUUUUUCCCUAUAGAUGACAAUGAAGAGACUGAAAUAAGUGAAGAGACAGGUGGUAACAGCGCAGAGGAGAAGCAAAGCAUUGAAGAAACCGUGGGCCCAAGCCAGGAAGCAGAUGAGACGAAACCUUCCGCUGUAGCCAGCCUAUCAUCAUCAGAAGAAGCAAAGCCUAGUGAGGAUAAAGACUCCCUGAAAGACUCCAAAGGCACGAGGGAGAGUGACCCAGCACAUCCUAUGGGGUGUGAGCAAGAUGAAGCCCAAGGACAACAGGAGGAUGCUGUGGAGGAGGAGAUGAAAACCGGGGCAGAUUCCCAAAGCUCCUGCAUGGAAAUAGAAGAGCCAUUGUUGAACCAAGAAGACACAACAGAAGACGAGAAACCUUUGAUUCCCAGUGCGGAGGAAAAAGAAAAAGAAGGAGGAGGAGGAGUACAAGAAGAAGAAGGAGGGAUACAAGAGCAAGAGGAAACUUCUGCAGAGCCUAUGAAGGUUGAACUUGCAUGUGAAGCAGCAGAAGCUUCAAGUAACGAUGCUGAAAUGGAUAGUCAAGUUGAAAGUAUAAAAGAUCCAAUGGAAACUGUGCCAGAAGCUUAACUAAUAGGAUGAAAGAAGGAUGCAGGAGACAAGAGACCCGACAAAACCCAAAGGGCAGGCGCUGACAUCCUAUGGCAUCAUUCUUGGCAGAAAAGAGCACAAAGAGGUGCUCGGCGGGUUGGGAGGGAGGGAGCUUUGGGGAAAUGACUCUUUGCUUUAAUUUCUCUUUGUUCUUCAUUGCGUUUUGUUCUGUAAACCUGUUGGAAAGAAACACAUUUUCCCAGUUCUGAUGAUGGUUUGCAAUUGUUCCUGCAAUUACAACAGUUACUUC